UCCGGGUAGAGUCAAAAUCGUGAGAAAGCAGAAGAACAUUAUCGUCGCUGGUAAGGGAGUGUCUAACUGAGCGAAAACGACUUCCGCCUAGCAACAGCUUGUUUGGCUCCUCCCAUGGUUACCUAGCAGAGAAGCCGCAGAGAAGGCAACAUGGCUCAGAGGGAGGAUGGAGCGUUUGUUCUUCACGGAAGGAAAGCGGCGCUCAGUGAAAAGCCAUAUGAAUUUCUGAGCAAUACACAGAAAACCACCAGCAGCCACAACCUCAGCUUUCAGGGAGCAGCCCAUAACCGCAGACUACAUGCCAGCCAUGACAGGCCAAAAGAAAUCAUUAACAGUCCAGUUUUACAAUACACCAAAGAAAAUCCAAGCAUCGAUGACUUAGAGGAUAACUUACGGAAACUUAAAGUACAAGUAGACAGCUUGGCUUCUAGUCUUAAUUUGGACUAUGAGAAAAACACCAAGCCCUAUAGCUCUAAAGCUGUAGACAGACCUCAAUGGCCAACACAUACAAACAGUACCUCUUCUGAAAUAUAUAGUAGUAGCUUAGUAAAGACCAUACCAGAUUCUGACUGGUUUCUUAAGCCAAAUCACUUUAUGAAAUCACAGGAAAACUACUCUGCAGUUCAGAGCACUGGUUUGCCAACGUUUUCAACAUCAUCUCCUUAUUCAAUGGGACGAGAGAUUUCAGGUAUGGAUACAGUGUCUUCAGCAGUGUCCCCUUUUGAUAUUGCCUAUAGUGAGAAAAUUCCUGUGAAGCUUGGGGCACCUCAUGUGGUUGGAGUCAAAUCCCUUAUGCCUCCCAAAAUCCCUGUUCGCUCUCGAUCUCUAGAAAAAUCGAAAGCCUCAGUUGUACGAGGAAGGUCACAAUCCAUAGACCGAUCUCACUCCUUUUCCCCUGUUUCCAAAAAAGCAAGAUGGCCGAGAUCACGCUCGCAAUCGCCAAAACCUGUUUGGAGGCCAAACUCUGCCAAUGCCUGUGGCCAACCAGCUCCACGAUCAAAGUGCAGUGGGAAAACUUCUUCCUCCAACAGACAAUCACGGUCACGGUUCUACAGGCCUGGCUCUGUGGUUACAAGAUCCGUUACACCGUUCAGAAAAACAAAGAGUAAUCUCAGUUAUUCCUGGAGCCCUUAUAGUAUACCGUCAACUUCAAUAUCUGCACCCAGUGCUGAGGAAAUUAGUGAAAAAUUCUUACAGACACUAGCUGAGGGUGGUGUGGGAAGAUCAGUAUUGGAAGGCUCUCCAUAUCAACAAGAGCUAGCAAGGCUAAGACUAGAGCGGCUUCGGGUGGAAGAAGACCUUCUACUGGAGAUAAAGAGGCAGCAAGAGUUGGAACGAACCAGAGGACCACGACCUAAGUGGUAUGAGAUGAAAAGCUCCCAGUUCCACUAUGAAGCACGUAAAAAUAAUGAAUUGCUAAAAAGCAGUAAGGAGUAUCAGUCCAUCUAUGACUAUCGCCAGGAACUUACUGCAGCUUCCCGCAACUUCCAGGAACACCUGAAAAUUACACACUUGGACCCUGUAUAGGUUGUGGGGCACCUUCUGCACAGGGGAUUCUUCUGUUGGUAGCCAGUGUGUGUGUGUGUAUGUGUGCUUUUGUCUGUGGAAUGGCAGCUGAGGGAAAAAAUAUAAAAAAAAAAAAACCUGUGUAUGUAAAAAUAUUUAUCACUGUUCAGAAUGAAGAUAUAUAUAUAUUGAUCAAGCAUAAUUGGUGUGAGGUCUCUGUCCUCUAAGCUACAGAAGAACUCGGUUAAUGGAUGAUAAAUGUGUUAGUAAAUGCUGCAGAGGGUUUCUCAGGGGUAUGACUAUGGUGACAUGAAAGUAUUUGUAAAUUCCAUGCAUUUGUUUAUCAUUUUAAUACCCUACCAGUUGUCACAUAUUCCCAUAUGCAUAACAAUGAACGCAAUUUAAGGAAUAAAUUGAAAAAAGGGAGAGAAUUUUAAUUGUUUAAGACUUUAAUUCCCAUUAAUUGCAUCUGCUGGUUGGAGCAUCAGUGCUCUACCCAGACAGGUAAAUACAGGUAUGGGACCUGUUAUCCAGAAUGCUUGAGACCUGGGGUUUUCCGGAUAAGGGAUCUUUUCAUAAUUUGGAUCUUCAUACCUUUUCUACUAGAAAAUCAUGCAAACAUUAAAUAAACAAAAUAGGCUGGUUUUGCUUUGUA